AUGAGAAGAAGCUCAUUUAGUAGAUCUCCUUCUCCAGAAGUGAGGAAUACAUUAGAACCAUUGAAAAAAGAGUACAAUACUGAAAUUAACUCCUUGGUUGAAAAGGAUCAUGAAAAUAAGAAUUUGAAGAUUGAGAUAAAAAAAUGCAAAGCUCUAUCAGUUGAAAAUCCUGAAUCAGCUCCCAGCCGAGAUAAACCAAAGUUUGAAGAUGAAAUAAAGCAAGAAAUACAGAAAGAAGACAAUAUAGCAGGGUCAAAUGUUGAUUUUGAGGAAAUUGACGACAUCUUUGCAUCAGAUACUGAGCAAGUUAUAUCUAAAGAUGGCAAACUAUUGGGAAACCCAAGUUAUAAUAAAAGACUAGAAUGCGAUGAUGAUGAUGGAUACUAUUUAAGUUAUAUUGGAGAAAUUAUUGGAAACAGGUACAAAGUCUCGAGUAAUAGCACUGGUAAAGGAAUGUUUAGCACUGUUGUUAAAUGUGUUGAUAUGGAAACUCAAAACGAGGUAGCAAUCAAGAUAAUUAGAAUUAAUGACAUGAUGAGGAGUACAGGAGAAAAAGAGUAUUCUUUUUUUAAAAAGUUUAGAGGUGCUCCAAAUAUUGUCCAGGUUCAAGGAUCAUUUAUACAUCAGAACCACCUUUGUAUAGUUUUUGAAUGGUUACAUGGAUCCUUGAAGAACUGCAUCCACAAUAUUUCCAAACAUAAUAUUAGAAAGACACAAGAUUUGGCCUUCCAAAUAUUACAGGGACUAAAACUAGUUCAUGAGAAAGGACUGGUUCACGCAGAUCUUAAGCCAGAGAAUAUUUUAAUAGAUUCUGGAAGGAAAACCAUACGAAUUAGUGAUUUUGGAAGUAUGCACUACACUUCAGAUGCCUCCCCUGCAUGUUACUUGGUGAGUAGAUUCUAUAGAGCUCCAGAAAUUAUUCUGGGUUGUAUUUCUUAUGGUCAACCUAUAGACGUUUGGAGUAUUGGUUGUGUUCUUUAUGAGUGCUUCACUGGGGAUAUAUUGUUCAAAGGAAGAACAAACAACGAUAUGAUAAAGCUAAUUAUGGAAUACAGAGGGAACUUUCCAAAAAGGCUCCUUAACCAGGGAGUGUUUACAAAGAACCAUUUCUCUGAAUGCUUUACACAAUUUAAGUGGAUUAACUUACAGGGAAUGUUACAAAUUAUUAAGAAUCAUACUCAAAGCAAAAAUAUCUACAACGAUAUGAUAGAUUCUGUAAAUUCGUCAGAAAUAGUUUACUCUGAAACCGAGCAAACUUUGAUUCGGAGACUUUCCAAUUUAAUAGAAAGAUGUCUUAUUAUUGACCCUAAAAAGAGGAUAUCUGCAAAGGAAGCUCUGGAACAUCCUUUUUUUCAACUUAAGUAA